AUGCUCUUAGGGUAUGCCUAUAAUUUUGAUUGGAAUAGAGCUCCAUUGGCUGUUUGCUACUUUCAGGCCUUAGCGUCUCAAUAUGCAUCCUUCGCAUCAAUCGCUUGGGCACUGGUUUUUACAAUCAAACUUUAUCGUCUCCUCGUCCUCUGUAAACAGCAUGAGAUAAACGAUUCACGCCUACAUCGCCAUUACUAUAUAUUUCUAACCGUCUAUCCCAUUGUUGGAACCAUACUGGUGUCGGUUGUUAGCAUUAAAGAAAGAGCUGUUAAAGCGAGAGAUUUUCGUUGUGACAUAGUUGAUCCAAUAUGGGUUCGUCUAAUAGGUUAUAACGGCCACAAUCUGCUCAUAACUGUUCUGGGCACUUAUUUCUGUGUUCAUUCGACAAUAGUAGUAAUACAACAGCUAUAUAAGGGCAAAUCACUCUUCCAACAGCAUUCAACCCCCAUCGAAAAUACGGAAACAACUGUAAGAUUAUCCAAAAGCCUAUCAGAUGGUUACACCGUCAAAGAUAAUCUGGAUAACCGUUUGGAAAUGUUCGGAUUACAAAGUUACCCAUCUAUAACUUUCUUGUCGUCUUCCGCAAAUUUUAGCAACAAUUCAAGUGAUGACAAAAAAACUGUCAAUAAUCCACAGGAGAUAAGUUCUUACUUGACGGCGAAUGUUGGUAAAGAGACUUUGGAUAAAACACACAACAUUACACGUGUAGCCGCUAUUCGUAUGGUGGUCUUUACAAUUGUUUAUCUGAUAAUGAAUAUCAGUGUUUCAGUUGAGACAGUUUUUUCGUCAUAG